AUGCUAAAGAACUUCCGCCGUUUCGUCAGUCAAGAAGUCUUCGAAUUUUGUAAAAUUUCUAUCAUCGGAGCAAAUGGUGGAGUGGGCCGGUCCCUGGCUCAACAACUAAAACAAAAUAACCGAUUCAGUGAAAUUUGCCUAUACGAUAUAAGCUGUACAAAAGGCCUGGUCACAGAUCUGUCGCAUAUCAACACAAUACCCAAGGUUACGGGUUAUAGUGGAGCCGAAAAUUUACACGAGGCUCUGCGAUGUUGUGAUAUUCUGGUCUUGACGGGGGGACAGUCCCAUACGCCCAGCAUAACAAGUCGUGAACAAAUGUUUGAAGGCAAUGCCAAAUUAAUGGUGCACCUGAUUGAGACCUUAGCAAAGGUUAGUGGAAAGGAGGGCAGCCAACCACAUUUCCACAUUGUUACAAAUCCGGUAAAUUCCUUGGUCCCACUAGCCGCAGAAUUACUGAAAAAACAUGGAAUCUAUAAUCCCAGAAGGCUAAGUGGUUGCACCAAGGUGGAUGCCAUGAGAGCUGCCACUUUUCUGGCUGAGUAUAUGGCAGUGGAUCCAAGAUAUGUGCAUGUGCCCGUGAUUGGUGGUCAUUCGGAAAAAAGUAUUGUCCCCCUGCUUUCGCAAUCACAACCGAAAUUUGCUUUGGACUUGGAGACACAAAUUAAAUUGGCUAAUAGGAUUAUAAAUGGUGGCCAGGAAGUUGUCUUGGCCAAAAAUCACCAGGGAGCUGCCCAACAUUCUAUGGGUUAUUGUGUGGCACAAUUUUGUGAUUCUGUGGUUUCUGCCCUGCAGGGUGUGAAGAAUAUUCAAGAAGUCGGUUUUAUACCAUCGGAGAUUAAUGAAUUGCCAUAUUUUGCUUGCCAAUUCCAGUUGAAUAGGGAGGGGAUUGGUGGUCACCAGAGAUUGCCGCCAAUGUUGACAUUCGAAAUAGAACUUUAUAAUCGAGCGAAAGAUGAUAUUCGGGAGAAUAUUGAAAGGGCUAAGGAAUUUAUGGAGAAAAAUAAAUUGUAA